GUCUCCUCCUCCUCCUGCUGAUGCAAGAGCUGAGCGCGGCGGCGAGGCGAGCAGGACGGGCUGAGCGGGCGAGCCGGGGCGAUUGACUUCCUGGGCGGUGUUGUGGGUUUUCCGCCGGGACGGGCGCUUCCGAGUUCCUUCCUUGACGGUCAGGGAGAGCCGUAGCCAUGUCGGGAGACGAGAUGAUCUUUGACCCUACUAUGAGCAAGAAGAAGAAGAAGAAAAAGAAGCCUUUUAUGCUUGAUGAAGAAGGUGGUGAUGCACAAACAGAAGAGAUGCAGCUAUUAGAAACAAAAGAAGUAGAGCCAGAACCAGCAGAAGACAAAGAUACAGAAGCUGAUGAAGAGGACAGUAGGAAAAAAGAUGCAUCAAAUGAUUUAGAUGACUUAACCUUCUUUAAUCAGAAGAAAAAGAAGAAAAAGACAAAAAAGAUAUUUGAUAUUGAUGAAGCUGAAGAGGGUCUGAAGGACCUAAAAAUUGAGGGUGAUGUGCAAGAAACAGUAGAACCAGAGGAUGACCUUGAUAUCAUGUUAGGAAAGAAGAAGAAAAGAAAGGCAGCAAAGUUUACAGAUGAGGAUGAAGUAUUAGAUAAAGAUGAAGCAUUGGAGGAUGACGACAGCAAAAAAGAUGAUGGAAUCUCUUUUAGCUCUCAGUCGGGACCUGCAUGGGCAGGCUCAGAAAGGGAUUAUACAUAUGAUGAGUUGCUGAAUCGUGUAUUUAACAUUAUGAGGGAAAAGAAUCCAGAUAUGGUAGCUGGUGAAAAAAGAAAAUUUGUCAUGAAACCUCCCCAGGUUGUAAGAGUAGGAACAAAGAAAACAUCAUUUGUUAAUUUCACAGAUAUCUGUAAACUAUUACAUCGUCAACCAAAGCAUCUCCUGGCUUUUUUGCUUGCAGAAUUGGGUACAAGUGGUUCAAUAGAUGGCAACAACCAACUUGUAAUCAAGGGAAGAUUCCAACAAAAACAGAUAGAAAAUGUCUUGAGAAGAUAUAUCAAGGAAUAUGUCACCUGUCAUACAUGUCGGUCACCAGACACAAUCUUGCAGAAGGACACCAGAUUAUACUUUUUGCAGUGUGAGACUUGCCAUUCGCGCUGUUCUGUUGCCAGCAUUAAAACUGGUUUCCAGGCUGUCACAGGCAAGAGAGCGCAGCUUCGUGCCAAAGCUAACUAGUUGGCUGGUUGACACUGAAAUUUUGCGAAGUGAUCUGAGUGCAAAUGGCUGGACAGGAUUACAACCUGAGUGGAUUUCCAAUGUAUUAAAACCAGAUAAUAAAAGCUGCUUUGCUUUGGGUUGGUCUAUGAGAUUCUUGCAAGAUCAGUUCCUCAAGCUGUUGACAACUGUCAAGUGUGAUGAGAAAGGAGGUGCUUUUUAAUCUGUUCAUAGAAUUCUGUAAAAUGCAAGAGAAAUUAAAGUUAUUAUAACAGUGA